AUGAGAAGUGAUCUGAGCCUGCCUGCAGCUGUCCAGCUGUGCUACGAGAAUGUGAAUGGAUCCUGCAUCAAAACCUCCUAUGCCCCAGGACCCCGCCUGCUUCUCUAUGCACUGUUUGGCUUGGGGGCUGCCCUGGCUGUGUGUGGCAACCUACUGGUGAUGACUUCCAUCCUUCACUUCAAGCAGCUGCAUUCUCCAGCCAAUUUCCUCAUCGCCUCUCUGGCCUGUGCUGACUUCUUGGUGGGAUUGUCGGUGAUGCCCUUCAGCAUGGUCAGGUCUGUGGAGAGCUGCUGGUACUUUGGAGACAGUUUCUGUAGAUUCCACUCUUGUUUUGAAGGGUCAUUCUGCUAUGCUUCUAUCUUCCACUUGUGCUUUAUCUCUGUUGAUAGAUACCUGGCUGUCGCUGACCCCCUCAUCUACCCAGUCAGGUUCACUGUGUCUGUCUCUGGUGCUUGCAUUGCCUUCUCCUGGCUCCUGUCCAUCACAUACAGCUUUUCCCUUCUUUACACAGGGGCAAAUGAAGUUGGGCUGGAGGAUCUGGUCAGUGCCCUCACGUGUGUGGGGGGCUGUCAAGUCGCAGUGAAUCAAAAUUGGGUCCUGAUCAAUUUUCUACUCUUUCUCAUUCCUACUCUUGUGAUGAUUUCUGUUUACUCCAAGAUUUUCCUCAUUGCCAGACAACAGGCGAGGAGAAUUGAGAGCAUGAGCAACCAGACCACAGUGUCCUCAGACAGCUACAAAGACAGAGUAGCCAAGCGGGAGAGGAAAGCAGCCAAGACGCUGGGAAUCGCAGUGGUGGCUUUUCUGAUUUCAUGGCUGCCGUACUUCAUUGAUUCCAUCAUUGAUGCCUUCCUGGGUUUCAUCACGCCUACAUAUGUGUAUGAAAUACUCGUUUGGGUUGCUUACUACAACUCAGCCAUGAACCCUUUGAUUUAUGCUUUCUUUUAUCCUUGGUUUCGAAAAGCCAUCAGACUGAUUGUCAGUGGCAGGAUCUUGCAAGGAGAUUCUGCAUCCAUAAACUUGUUUCCUGAGUAG